CAGUAGCUUGUUGUCAUGGAGGAGCAAAGAUGGCGGUCCUGGCCUACAGCCUGGGCAAACGCGAAAUAAAUCAGCAUUUCACCAUAAAGAACGCCAAGUUAAUAUCGCUAGUGGUCGUCAUUCUACUCCUCGUGCUCCACACAGCUUCGCGGUAUUAUGGAGGCGGAGACUCAUGUGAAUGGCUGCUGUCCAGAGGACGUUUCUUGGGGGAGAACGUAUGGCAGCCUUAUGGCUGCAUGAUGCACAAAUACAAAAGCACUGAAGCCCAAUCCUGCCUUGCUGAAAAGCGAGUGGCCUUUAUUGGUGAUUCACGAAUCAGGCAGCUAUUUUACUCCUUCAUCAGAAUUAUUGACCCUGAACGAGGUGACGAUGGAAUCAAGCACGAGGACAUUUUCUUUAAAGAUGAGCGUUCCUCUGUGAAUGUGGACUUCCUUUGGUAUCCAGAGGCAAAUAACUCGAUGAAGGACCGCUUGAUGUCAUGGACACUUAUGAGUGAGACCUCGGCAAAGCCAGAUGUUGUCAUCCUUGGAGCUGCCACAUGGUCUAUCAAGCUGCACAGUGGCAGCAGUGAGACCCUGCAGCAGUACAAAGUCAACCUGACCGCCAUUGCUAUCCAUCUCGCGAAGCUGGCUGACCACGGAGAGGUCUACUGGGUACUGCAAGACCCGGUAAAUGAGGAGGUGCUGAGUGAGAACAGGAAGAUGAUCACCAACCAACAGUUGGCGCUGUACAAUGAAGCAGCGGCAGAUGUUCUCAACAGCAGCAAGCGUAACGGCAGGUCCCGUAUCAAACUGCUGGCUGCAUCCCGCCAGGCCGCACUGGAAACUAUCACCCAGUCAGUAGAUGGCUUGCACCUGCCUGCAAGCACCAAGGAUGUGGGAUCCAUGAUCCUUAUGAACUCUCUGUGCAACAAGCUACUGAGGCCCAUAGAUGGUUCCUGCUGCCAAACAUUACCGCCCCCUAACUUCCUACAAAAACUGUCGGCGUGUUUCUUCCUGGGCUCAGCUCUGGUCUUCCUGGUGCUCCAUGUCCUUGGCAACAACCGCCACCGUCGACCUGUUCCCCCUGACGUGGAGAGCCUGGAAGAGAGGAAGCCAGCAACUGCAGCUGUCCCCUUUGGUCCAAAGGUGCCCGUCCAUGCUCUCUGCAGGAUGGGCAUCAUUAUGGCCUAUUUUUACCUUUGUGACAGAGCAGAUGUGUUCAUGAAAGAGCAGAAGUUCUACACCCACUCCACCUUCUUCAUUCCUCUCGUCUAUAUAUUCAUCCUGGGAGUGUUUUACAGUGAGAACAGCAAAGAGACCAAAUUACUCAACCGAGAGCAAACAGACGAGUGGAAAGGCUGGAUGCAGCUCGUCAUCCUCAUCUAUCACAUAUCCGGUGCCAGUGCUUUCAUUCCGGUGUACAUGCACGUGCGUGUGCUGGUGGCAGCGUACCUUUUUCAGACAGGCUAUGGACAUUUUUCCUUUUUCUGGCUCAAAGGAGACUUUGGACUGUAUAGAGUGUGCCAGGUACUUUUCCGUCUAAACUUCCUAGUCUUGGUGCUGUGUGUGGUAAUGGACCGACCCUAUCAGUUCUAUUACUUUGUGCCAUUGGUCACCUUCUGGUUUGUCAUCAUCUACACCACGCUGGCCAUGUGGCCCCAGAUCCUUCAGAAGAAAGCCAAUAGUAAUGGCAUUUGGCACUUUGGGGUCUUUGCGAAGUUAACGGGCCUCCUGUUGUUCAUAUGCUUCUUUGCCUUUUCACAGGGUCUCUUUGAAAAUAUCUUUUCCAUGUGGCCAAUUUCCCAGCUCUUUGAGCUGAAUGGCAGCAUCCAUGAGUGGUGGUUCAGGUGGAAGUUGGACAGAUUUGCAGUGAUUCAUGGCAUGGUAUUUGCCUUCAUUUACCUGGUGCUGCAGAAGCGCCAGGUGCUGUCAGAGGGCAAAGGAGAAGCUCUAAUCUCUGGCAAGAUCUCCCACGUGCUCCUCUUCCUCUCUGUUGUCUCCUUCAUAACUUACUCAAUCUGGGCCAGCAGCUGCAAAACCAAAACAGAGUGCAAUGAGAUGCAUCCAUACAUCUCUGUGGUCCAGAUUCUGUCGUUCAUUCUUAUCAGGAACAUCCCUGGCUACGCCCGCUCUAUAUACAGCUCUUUCUUUGCAUGGUUUGGAAAGAUUUCCCUGGAGCUGUUCAUAUGCCAGUACCACAUCUGGCUGGCUGCAGACACCAAGGGAAUUCUGGUCCUGAUUCCAGGAAACCCUUCACUCAACAUCAUGGUCAGCACCUUCAUCUUUGUUUGUGUGGCUCAUGAAAUUUCCCUAAUAACCAAUGACCUGGCCCAGGUAGUCAUCCCCAAAGACAGCGUGGCCCUGCUCAAGAGACUCGGGGCUGUGGGGCUUUUCAGUCUGGUCGUACUGCUGCUUUCCAGGAGCAACCACCACACUCCUGGUCCCUGAUGGGACCACUAUUGAUGGGAGGGGGGGGUCACAGCAACUCGCGCCGCCCCUCCUGCGAUUGAAGUGACGUACAGGUCCAAAAGCCAGGAGCAGGCACUGGGUCUAUGACCACUGGUGGCCAUAGGAGACAAUGGCAGCAGCUUUGAGUGGUAACACAAAAGAGACAUGGGCGAUCCGAGGCUCACUGCUGGCCACAUACUGUACUUUUUGACUGCUGUGAAAGUCGCACACUGAAGAAAAGAAAAAUGCCUAGAGAAGAGGGGAGGGUUUCUCCUUUUCAAAAGCAAAGUGCUUCUUGCGAGAAAGUGGGGGAAAAAAAAAACAAAAGUAAUCGAAACGUUUACAUUAUCUGCUUUGAGUGGAGGUGACAUUUUCUUCAAGACCCUCGUGCUUGCCGUGUGAAUCUCCGCAGCAUUGUUUCUAUUUAGCCAAACCACAAUGAAGAACAAGUGACAUGUUUAUUUCGUCGUAACACGGUACACCGCGCCAUCGCUUCACACUCCGUCCACGUGGCAGUAGCAGCUGAAAGGGGUUUUCACUCAGGCGUUCGGUCCACAUGUUCAGAUAACUGCACUUCUACGAUCAUAGGUUCAGUUGUGCUGUCUUCAAAUGUCAGCAUUCAUUUGUAUUAUAGUAUUUCUGGUGACUGAAAAUAGUGUUAGUUGGCACAAAAAAUACGGACCAACCGCUAGUUUGGGGGAUCACAAAGAUCAACAAAGAAGAAAAUUCAGUGCAAUUGUUUAAAUUGUUGGAACUGGUCUCCACACAUUUGUUUUUGCUAUUUUUGUUAGUAAUUUAAAAAAAAAAAAGUUUGCCUUGUCCUGAAAGGUACUGUGGUCACCUGCUAUAGCUCUGAAAUGAUAUGUGAUAUGUACAGUAUUUAAUGAUUUAAAUUAAGCUUAUAUUUUAUUUUAUUGUAUUUUUUUGCUUCGUUUUAUUCUCGCGCCCGUGACUGCUGUUUUGUGAAGGAAGUAUUACAUUGAUCAUUUUGUAUUGCCUCAGAUACACACUACAGGGGGACGAGCCUUUACACUCGACCCCCCCGUCCGUUUGUCCUCUGUCAGCAGCUGACACCCAUCACCUACCUGUGUAUAUUUGUACGAUAGAGUGAGAUAUUUAUUUUAUACAGCAAUGUUUUCAUCAGUGUUUUCAGUCUGUUCUCAUUUCAGUCAUUAAAACAUGCCUCAUAGCUCUG